ACUCCCCCAAACCAAACACUCCCCCUCACUCCCCAUUAUUAUUUACUUAUUUUUUUAUUAAUGAUUUUUAAUUUUAUUAUACUAUAAAUAAAUAUUCACUUCAGUGCUCUUUAUUAAUUAGUGCAUGAUCGUUUUCUAGAAUAGGAAGAGACAGAAGGAACUAACCAUGGAAGGAUCAGACCAAGAACAUGACCAUCACAGCCAGAAGCAGAAGCUCGACGAGAAGCCCUACCGAGGGAUAAGGAGGAGGAAGUGGGGGAAGUGGGUAGCCGAGAUUCGGGAGCCGAACAAGCGGUCCCGGAUUUGGCUGGGCUCCUACCGGACCCCUAUCGCGGCAGCCCGGGCGUAUGACACCGCGGUGUUCUACCUCCGCGGGCCCAACGCGAAGCUCAACUUCCCGGACUUGUUCGAGGAGGUCGACCGGGGCGAGCUCCCAGACCUGUCGGCCGCCUUCAUCCGGAAGAAGGCCACUGAGGUCGGCGUCAGGGUCGAUGCCCUAGAGGCACAGGAGGAAGCACCAGUGAGAAUAUUGGAGGAUCACCAGCCCGGGUCGUCGGAAUCAAAUUCUUCUGGACGGCUCAUGCUGGAGACGCCCAACUUGAAUGAGUACCCGAAGUCGGAGAACUCUGACGAAGAUUGAGCUUCUUUAGUCAUUAAUCGUCGUAUUAUGUGAUAGUUCCAUAUAGAACUAUAUCUUGUAAUACGAUGUUUCUCACGACUGAACCAGUUAAUCUUUCUUGAACUUUUGCACUGACAAGCGGCUAUAGUUAGGCAAGUUUUCUAUUUUGGUCAUGCUAAUCGUGUGCGAAGAUGCAUAUAGGUCUCUCGUCCUGGGAUCGAAAGAACCAACAAGCCGCAAUUGUAUGUUCUCUGGGUUGGUUGAUGAUAGACAUAUAAUUGUAUGCAUAAUAUGAGCCCUUGAGCAAAACCAAAACUAAAUCUAGUUUGUGUCUUGAA